UCACUCUUCAUGCCUCUUCCAUUGAAGCUCAUCUUGGAUGAUUGCAUUCCUCUCCAUAUUUUAGAGGACAAUAUUCAUCAGAUAUGUCGUGCUCGUCUCGAGUGGUCCUGGGGAUUGCCUGUGGGUUCUCUUGAAAGCUACUUGAGCCUGUUUACGGACCCUGUCGUCGAAGAAUUGCUCGCGGAUGACAAGUCGAUUCUGAUAGUUGAGCCAGAUGUGGCUGAGAGCACGAACAUCGCAAUGAUGGAUAGACGGGAGGAACUGAGACAACCCUGCCCUAUUGACGAGGUGUACAACGGUCAACAGUCCUUCGAGUAUCUCGUUUUUGAAGCCGAUAAAUCCUCUCGUGUGCCACCUCGUCUGAUCUCUUCCCCCAUCCCGCCGCAUUUGACGAUUGGACGUUCCGUGAUGAAACUCUUCCUCAAUCGAAUAUUUCCAGACGAGGGAGCAGCAUUACUGGAAGCUCUUCUCAAGCUCCCGACGUCUUGCAAGUUAUGGCCCGAAAGCACAAUAAUUUCAACAUACUCAAUGCUUGACACGGGUCUGGGAUAUGCAUUCCGCAUGUGGAUGCUUGCAAAAGUGCCUCCCGGUUUUAUUGCCGGUCUCACGGACGCCCAACUCCCAGACGAAUCCGAUGGGUCGGGCGGCGUAUCCUUAGCCUCCCAUUCUUGCUACUCCGAUGAAACCUCCAGGACUCCGCCUCGUCGACUACUCCCUGAAGAACUAGCGAGAGACCCGAACGACGAAGAUGCUAUCACCGAUGACAGUGUCUCUGAAGUUGAAAUGGCGAAGCGGCGGCGGAAAUAUGAAGAUCGGUGGAUAAAGGGCGUUAGCAGCUGGGUCCGCGAAACUGACGGCUUGGACGUUUCGGCUUACAACGACGAGGAAGUACGAAUAGUGGAUGAAGAGUUUAAGGAGGCAGCACGGACACUCUCCAGCGUAGAGCUGGACAAACCAGACUAUUUACAAGUGCCAGGGCUACUGAAACGGAAGCGAGGGCUGCCAGUCUAA